AUUUAUCAACAAUGGAAAGUCAAGUAUCCCUCCAUCUUGAGGAGACCAAGGCUCCUUCGCCCUCAAAUAUUGUGAGCAAGGCGUUUCUGACAACUGUGCCUCUAGUAUUGAAAAUCUUACCUUAUUUCGGCUGGGCAGAUGAGUGCAAGAUCCUAAUGACACAGCUAAGGUCCCAAUCAAGAAGUCUCUGGUUCUCCGAAGAAGAUGCAUUUCUUACACCCAUCACAGAUGAGCAUGGAGUCGUAAAGUUCCACCUCCCGAAAAGAGAAUUAAAGAUCAGAAACUUAGCAAAAUCUUUAGGGUCAACUAGAGAUUACCAAGAAGUCUCAGAAUUAAAAAGAUUGAUGGUUUCUAAUGACUACAAACUGUACCUUCUGGCUUUUGAUUUCGACUACAGGGAAGCUAUAGAAGGGCUUGGAGUUCUUCGUGAUUUCCUCAAAAGAAUCAAUCUCAAGACAUUAUCACUCUCGGUGAUUCGGUCUUAUUUUAAAGAAAAUCAUUAUUGCUUUAAUGAAGAAACACAGAUAGAUCAGAUAAAGCAACUAGAUCUUUUGCUUAAAAUUACUAGAAUAUUGGGUAAAGAUGUGAGGCGAAUCCGGGAAGAUGAUCGCACAUGUUAUAGAUUCCCAAAACCUUUUUACAUUAACUGCACAGCAAUGAUUCAGCCUAUCAUGAGAACAGAGGACUUAGCAAUAUGCGGAGAUAAUUUUAAUGGCAGUCUCUCUAUUGAAGAAGAAUGUAUCUCAGUGUUACAGUAUCCGAAUGGCUUUUCUGUCGAAGACUUAUGGGACUAUUUCAUCGAAGAUUUAGAAUUCAUGCCUCCUCGAAUGUUAUUCCGUAGAUUUGAGCGUUGUGCGUUAAUAAUUAAACUACCUGAGGUUCAUAAUAGUGAUGAAGCUAUGACUCUUGAUCAAUUCAAGAAAAGCUUUACACAAUUAUUCGCACUGGUAGAGAACCAUAAAAGUUGAGUGGAAAAGAAAGAUCUGAAAAUACCCAAAGUCAAAUUAAAGUAUCGACUUGGAGGGAGUGACAUCGGAUAUGAAGAAGCAUUGAAAGCUCUGGAAUUCAUAUCUAGCUGCUUUCAUUACCUUAAAAAUCACUGAGUGGCCAUAUCACUGGAGGUUCUACUAGGAAGUUCAAAACCUAAAAACAUGGUCGUUGGAGGAAGGUGCUAUUUAACAAUUAAGGACGAACAUGGACUCAAGAGGAAGGUUAUGAAACUCACUAACUUUUCAGGUAAAUUCACCUCAGACUUUGUGGUAGACCAGGGUUUUAUACAAUCUAACAUUUGUUCUCUUGAAUGAGAAGGGAUUGAAGAAGUUUCUCCAACUGAUCUUGAAGAAGUAAAGCUUCCUAUUGGAGAUAUCUCAGUUUUUAUUCCUUUGCAAGAAGUUAAAACUCUCAAACUAGAUUAUGAUGAAGAUGCUGAACUUUCUGAAGAUUCAUUUCAGAAAUGGUCAGAAUUGAAAUCAAAAGUUUCCUAUCCAUUCUUAGGUGAAUCCGACUCUCAUGAAAAGUUGCAAGUCUUUCACAAGCCUCUCAAGGUUUGGAUUGAAAUAGAAAGACCUUGUCUUCAAAAUGAUGCUCAUAUAGAAAGCAGGCAUGCACUAUUUGAAGUUUUAGAUAGAUUUAAUUUGGAAGAACUUGACUUGGAUGGUUAUAGAAUCAAUGAUGAAGCUAUGUUAGCUUCUAUAAACUCACUUCUGGAGAAACAAAAUAUCACUCGUAUUAGUGUCAGGAUAGGAGCUUCGCAUAUUGAGAAUGAAGGAUUUGAGCGCUUGUUUAAUGCCCUUUCUGCUCCAAGAUAUAGUAGUGUCAAGAUAAGGAUGCAUGAGGCAUCUUUAGAUAAAGUGAAGACAGCUAAAAAGUUUGUAAAGAAAAACAUUGGCAAAGAUAUUUCAAUCAGAUUUGUAGAUGUUAUUAAGCCUGAAAUCGAUCUUGGACUAAUUUCAAAAUCUAAAGAAAAGAAGAAAUCUAAGAGGGCUAAAAAGAAUAAGAAAAAAUCAAGGAGAUAUGUGAAGAAAAACAUAGAUCCUCAUUUUCAAAGUCAUUCGAAGAUAAAGAAAUAUAUCAACCCGUGCUUAAGCCUCUUGGACCAAUGUGAAAGUAGAAAUCUUAAACCGAGAGUCCCUACUUUUGUAGGGAGUAGAUUCAGAAAGUUACAACAGAUUUUUAAGAAUGAUGAAUGGCCUCCUAAUUGCUACUACUAAGAUGCACCAGAUGUGUAAUGAUUCGAAAUAAGAGACAUGAGGCCUAUUACCUAAUUUGAACUGUUAACAAUUGGACA